AUGGCGAGGAAGAAGGUGAAGCUGGAGUGGAUCGUCAACGACACCGCAAGAAAGGCCACGUUCAAGAAGAGGAAGAAGGGUCUGAUGAAGAAGGUGAGCGAGCUGAGCACGCUGUGCGACGUCAAGGCGUGCAUGAUCAUCUACGGGCCCGACGAGCCACAUGCGGACGUGUGGCCGUCGGUGCCGGACGCCAUGCGCGUGCUUGCGAGGCUGAAACGGCUGCCGGAGAUGGAGCAGAGCAAGAAGAUGAUGAACCAGGAGGCCCUGAUGCGCCAGCGGAUCAGGAAGCUGCAGGAGCAGCUCCAGAAGCAGGACAAGGAGAACCGGGAGCUGGAGACGGCGCUCCUGAUGCACCAGUGCUUGUCAGGAAGGAGCUUGCACGACGUCGCCAUCGAGGAUGUGACGGCCCUGGCGUGGAUGACUGAGAUGAACAUGAGGAAGGUGAGAGAGAGGAUAGAAGAUGCAGCAUUAAAAAGUGCGGAGAAAGUCAAGGAGGAGAAACCGGUGGCGAACGACAAGGGGAAGACGCCGAUGUCGGCGGCGGCCACGGAGGAACUCCCACGGCAGGAUUGGUUUGCAGGGGCGAUGGACCUCAGCGAGCUGAUGAUAAGCAGAAAUGAUGACCACAAGAACACUUGGCUGAAUACUUACUACCCUAUGGAUUAACACCAUUCCGCUUCUGGCUUUCUAGAUUUAGCUUUCUUUCAUGUGUUGGAUCAUCAUAGCCUCUCAAUAAUACUUGUAAAUUUCCUCGGCCAUUGUUUUCAGUUUCCUGCAAUGAAA